CUUGUGUUUACUUUUACUACUCAUCCACCUGCUCCCCCACUCUCACUCCCAAAUCCCAUCUCCAUCUUCAUCUUCAUCUUCUUCCCCCAAAUGGGUUCAGUUUCUUUAAAGAUCGGUGAUGGAACCGCCAGAUUCAAGAGUGCCACCGUCUGUUCAUCUGCCGUACAUAUUCUCAUGUUAUUUUCAGUCAUCACCACAAAUCUAUUUGCUUUAUACGCUUUCACUUACUCCCCAAAGCCCAAUCACCACCAGAUUCACUUUCUUUCCCACCACCAUACCCACAAGAACAUAUCUUUAAUCUCUGAACAAGUCUCUUUAAUCCUCAGAGAGAUCGAUUCUUCCCAAAAGAAACUUUCCCAGAUGGAAAAACAGCUUCUUGGAUACGAAAGUCUGGAUCUUUCAACACCCAACAUCCCAACCGAGUUGAAAUUGUUUCUACAAAGAAACCAGCUUCCAUUGGGUAAAGAUUCAAGAACUGGGAUCACUGAGAUGGUGUCAUCUGUGGGUCAUUCUUGUUACAAAUCUAUGGACUUUUUGUCUAGUUAUAUGAGCUAUAAACCUAAUGGUGCUUGCCCAGAUGAUUGGAGUCUUGGACAGAAGUUGAUCUUGAAGGGGUGUGAGCCUCUGCCAAGAAGAAGAUGCUUUGCUAAAGUUAUCCCCAAGGUUGGUCUUCACCCUUUUCCUCUUUCACUUUGGAGAAAUGUUAGUGAAAAGAUUUAUAGUUGGAGUGGGCUUGGGUGCAAGAAUCUUGCUUGUUUGAAUAGUAAGAAGUUGAAUAGAGAUUGCGCCGGUUGUUUCGAUUUAAGUAAUGGGAAUGAGGUUACAAGGUUUGUGAAAUCAAGAGGUAAAAAUGAUUUCUUGAUUGAUGAUGUGUUGAGUUUAGGUAGUGGUGGUGUUAGGAUCGGGUUUGAUAUUGGUGGUGGAUCGGGUACGUUUGCCGCUCGAAUGGCGGAAAAGAAUGUGACUAUAGUUACUUCUAGUUUGAAUAUUGAUGCCCCUUUUAAUGAGUUUAUAGCUGCUCGAGGUGUUUUCCCGUUGUACCUAAGUUUAGAUCAUAGAUUCCCGUUUUACGACAAUGUGUUCGACAUAAUUCAUGUUGGGAACGGUCUGGAUAUCGGUGGCAGGGCCGAGAAACUGGAGUUUUUGAUGUUUGAUAUCGAUAGGGUUAUUCGGGCUGGCGGGUUGUUUUGGUUGGAUAAUUUUCUCUGUUCUAAUGAUGAGAAGAGAAAGAACUUGACCCGUUUGAUUGAACGGUUCGGGUACAAGAAACUGAAAUGGGUUGUUGGGGAGAAGAUUAACGGGUCGGGGAAUUCCGAGGUUUACUUGUCUGCUGUUCUUCAGAAGCCGGUAAGAGCUUGAAAGUUUUCGUUGUUCAGAAGCCCGUAAGAGUUUGAAGGGUUGUUCAAUUGGUAAGUAAGCUAGUGUUCUUGGUGGUUUUUAACUUUUAAUCUAUUACAUAUUUUGAAAUUUUGAUUCGAAUGUUAUGGUUACAUAGUUUAAAUUCCUUUUAGAACGCAAAAUAAGUUAUAUGAAACGCUUGUUAGUAUACCCUAUAGGAUGGAUGAUGAAUCAUGGAAGAACUCGGUUUUGAAUUUUGCUUUGUAUUGUAACAUUGUUUAUUAAUUAGCCAAAUUUAAUGGAAUUUAGAUUCUUGAACUGCUGUA